AUGACUAGAGCUAAAAUAGAACUCGGCGACGUGACACCGCAUAAUAUAAAGCAACUGAAGAAGUUAAACACAGUCGUAUUUCCAGUGUCCUAUAAUGACAAAUUCUAUAAAGAUGUAUUGGAAGCAGGAGAGCUGGCGAAGUUAGCUUAUUACAAUGAUAUCGUUGUUGGAGCAGUGUGCUGUAGGAUAGACACGUCAGAUAAUUCGCGAAGACUGUACAUAAUGACCCUGGGCUGUUUAUAUCCAUAUAGAAGACUGGGCAUAGGUACAUUGAUGGUGGAACAUGUGCUCAAAUAUGUUGAACAGGAUGGCAAUUUUGACAGCAUUUUUUUGCAUGUUCAAGUAAACAACGAGGGAGCUAUUGAUUUUUACAAAAAGUUCGGGUUUGAAAUUGUAGAAACAAAAGAGCAUUACUACAAGAGAAUAGAGCCGGCAGACGCGCAUGUACUACAGAAGACAAUCAGAGAACCACAGACAACAGCUCCGUUAGUUAAUGGAUCUGUGCCACAUGCAAAAACAAAUGGACAUGAUUGA